AUGGCUACCUUGCUACACCAUAUCCAGCCUUGGAUGCAAAGAUCCAUUGCUGAGGCUGAGGAACAGAUUGAAAAGAAGGUAGCUCAGCAGAUGGAGAGGAGGAUUCAGGCGGUCCACCAGCGCCUCGAUGCUUUUGAGUUGAAAGUCCUCGCAUGCCCAGCCGUUACCAUUGAUUUGACGACUCUUCAGGUGGAUGUGCCGAGUCUGAGGGCUGAUAUUGAUGCUAUCUUAGAUAUGAGGGUACCCGAGCAUGAGGCCGCACCUGCGGAGCUUGCAGAGGAUACAGUGCUAAGUGAGCAUGCCAAGAGGCACUGGUCCAGAGAGAGUGAGGAGACUCGAUCUUGGAAGAAGGAUCGUACUGACAUGGAGGUUACGAGGAGAGCUUCGUUGCUUGAUGAGGAGUCCCGGCAGAUAAGGGCUCGUGAAUUACCUGCUGGGGCGUCUAGCUCCAGGUUUGAGGAUGUUGAGAGGAGCACAAUUGAGGGUGCAUAUAUUUCUGUUGGCACCACUGAUGGUGGCCCUACUAUUGAGGGAGCGGGUUCCGAGAAACCGGACCCAUUGGCUUGUUGA